AUGAUGAAUAAUCAACCAUGUAAUGAUAUGGAAAAAAAAUUACAAAAAGAAAUGGAAGGUAUGGAUGAAGAUGAACGAUUAGAAUAUAUAAAUAAAUUAAGUGCAAGUGUUUUUAAUGAAAUUAUUGAAAAGAAAAAUGGUGAACCAUCAAAAUGGCAAAGUUAUUGGGAACAAGAUGAAAAUGAUAUUGAACAUUGGUCGAAACAAGAUAUACUUCGUGAUCCUGUUAAAGGUUUAUUAACAGCUGUUGAACAAGGUAAUCUUUUACAUGUUCAACAAUAUAUUAAUCAAGAUCGAUCACUUCUUAAUGCAUGUGAUUCUGAUGGUUAUACAGCAUUACAUCGUUCAGCAAAUGGUAAUCAGUUAAAAAUUUGUGAAUAUUUACUUGAAUCUGGUGUUGAUAUUCAUGCAUUAACAAAUGAUAAAUGGAAUGCAUUACAUUGUGCAGCAUUUUGGAAUAAUUAUGAAAUAGGAUCAUUAUUAUUACAAAAUGGUAUUGAUAUAAAUGCUCAAACAAAUGGUGGACAAACACCAUUACAUUUAGCUGCAUCACAAAAUAAUAAUCGUCAAAUAAUUCAACUUCUUCUUAUGCAUCCAUUUAUUAAUGUAAAUAUUCAAAAUAAAUUAAAUGAAACACCUAUAACUAUUGCAAAACGAUCAAGUUCAGUUCAUUGUCUAUUUGAUCUAUAUACAGAUGCAUUGAUGAAACUGAAAUAA